AUGCAUAUCCCAGUUGUUGGAGAAACCCCAGAUGAUGCAGUAAACCAAUUAGCAGAAAAAGUUGAAAAUGCUAAUGUUGAAGAUAAAGAAGGUGAAAUUAAGGCUUGUGUUGCAGAACCACAUGAUGGGGAAGUAACAAAAGGAAAUGGAGAAGAAGAAGAACCAAAAAUUAAAGAAGAUUUAAAAGUUCAAUUAGAACCAAAGGUUGAAAAAAUUGAAACACCAAAGAAUACAAAUAUUUUAGUUUUAGGUAGUACUGGUGUUGGUAAAAGUACAUUUAUUUCAUCAUUGGUAAACUAUUUGAAAUAUGAAUCAUUGGAACAAGCUAUGAAUCUUGCCAGUUUGGAUAAUGUUGCCACCAUUCCUAAUAAAGUUCAAAUUGUUGAUUCGAAUAAUGUAUCACAUAGUUUCGUUGUUGGUAAAUCAAAAUACCUUUCACAAGAACAUAAAGAUGGUGAAUCAGUUACCGUUAAGCCAAAGAGAUAUGUCAUCGAUAUGGGAAACAAUAAAACAAUGACAAUUUUAGAUACACCAGGUGUUGCCGAUACUCGUGGUUGUAAACAAGAUGACUUAAACUUUGAAGUAAUUCUUAAAGAACUCUCAGAAUUUGAAGAACUUCAUGGUAUUUUAAUUUUAUUAAGAUCAACAGAUAAUAGAAUCAAUACCAUGUACAAAUAUUGUAUCAAUGAAUUGUUGCAUCAUUUACAUUAUUCUGCAAAGAAUAAUAUCUUCUUUUGCUUCACCAAUACCAGAAGUUCAAUGUAUAGAGCUGGACCAGCCCUUACACUUCUCCAAACUCAUUUGGAAUCAAUGGUGCAUCAUACAGACGUAAAAAUGGAAACCACCGGUAGAGUAUUCAAUUUUGAAAAUGAAGCAUUCAAUGUAUUGGCAUCAAAAUUAAAUGGUGCAAACUUUUCAGAAGAAGAUAUUGAAGUUUAUUCCCACAGUUGGAAGAGAUCAUCAUCCGAGGCCACCAAAUUAAUGAAUACAAUUCUUAGUACUCCACCACAUAGAGUUAAAGAUACUGAAUGUAUUAAUAACACCAGAGAAAUGAUCAGAAAGAUGGGUACACCAAUUCAUUUCUGUUUAACUUCAAUUCAAAGAUUUUUAUAUAAUAUUGAACAACAAAAUGAAAAUAUCAGAAAACAUAAAGAUGAUUUAGAGAAAUUGAAACCAUAUGUCAUGGCACAACUCGAUAAAUUAGUUUGGGAACAAUUGGAUGAACCUGCCGUUUUCUGUAAUAAAUUAGGCUGUCAUAAAACCAGUAAAAUGGAUACUCCAAAAGGUGCUAAAGAAUUCGUUGGUCGUCAUUGUUCCGCCUCCUUCAAGAAUAAAAUCAAUAAAAGUUCAAGUCUCUACUGGCAUCACACAUUUGGUAUCUUGGGUGGUUGUAAAGAAUGUGGUUGUUCUUAUAAAGAUCAUUCAGUGUCUGAUAUCGUUCAUGUUAAAGAAGCAAUUCAAGUCAUUGAUGAAGGUAUCAAAGGUAAAAUCCUUUCCAAAGAAGAACUCACUGCUGUCGCCAAUAGAAGAGUUAAAGAGAAUUUAGAACUCAAAGAGAAAUAUUCCCAAGAAUUUGAGGUUUUAUCAAAUGCAUUUGCCAAAUUUGCAAUCUUUGUAGCUCAUAAUUCAUUGGUUGCUGUUAAUCACGACUAUGCAGAAUACCUCCAAUUGGAAAUUAAAAACCUUAAAGAAAGCCCAAAUGUUAAAGAUAGAGAGAAACAAUUAGAAAAAUUAAAUGAAAUCCUUAAAUCUCAUCAAAUUGAACUUGAUACUUUUGAAGCCGCCCGUUCAAAAGAAAAAGAAGGUCUUUCACCACACGAUAUAAAUCUCCUUGGUGAAGAAGUUUUAUCACUUGAAAUCUCUGGUAGAAUCAUUAAAGAUAUUCAAAGUCAUAAUGAAAAACAAAAAUAUGCUUCAUCAAAAAAAGUUAAAAAUGUUAAAAUUACAUUAAAUAAACAAGUUGAAAGUGCUAUUAAAUGGUUAUUAAAUUAA